AUGCCUUCAAACUAUCGAUCUCCAUAUUCCGAGACAUAUUUUGGCGACUCGGACGAGGAGCCCGAAUACGUCUCGGAACUUACAGCCAAAGAUUAUGCACAAGGCGUGAAAGAGAUCCCAGACGUGAAAAUCUCGAAGUUCAUCUCGGAUUCCGAACUGAACCAAGGAUUGAAUAAAUGGCUUCCGAGGCCAGACGACCCGUGCGCUGCCAGAACAGUGCUAAGAGACUCAGUCUUUCAGCCUAUCAGCGAGUUGCUCGUGAUGUAUGGCAAAGGAGAAUGGAGCCUAAGACCUCGAAUCUUUUCGGUCCUCAAGAUCCUUGGCUGUCCAGACUUGCUCGACUGCUUCGCUCAAGAGGGUCUCAUGGACUCAGCGCUGCCAUUUACCGAUAGCACGUUACCAGUCUUCCUGAAAGGAUCCGAGAUUCGCUCAAAGUUUUUGAAGUUACAACAGGCGGUCCUGCACAAAGAAAAGGGUCUCCAGGCAAUGGAAGAAGGAGGCACGCAUCUUCAUUUAGCUGGCAGCGGAGAUGACUAUUUCAGGUCCAUCAAACCGUUGGGCAUGGGACGCUAUGGUCACGUUGAUCAAGUUUUCAGUGCAAAUACCGGCCGCGUCUAUGCUCGGAAGAGAAUCGUUCGAGGACAUUCUCCCUUGGCCGACGAGCGUCUGUUGAAACAAUUCGAGAGCGAAAUACAGGCACUGAAAAAACUCUGGCACCCUCAUAUCGUCAAGUUGAAAGGCUCUUACACGGAUCAAAGGUACCUUGGAAUCAUUGUGACACCAGUUGCCGAGAUGAAUCUUGAAGAAUAUUUGAAGGAAGCCAGUCACGAUGAGACUCUGCGGAGACGACGAUUGAGGUCCUUUGCAGGCUGUCUUGCAACGGCUCUCGCGUAUCUCCACCAACAAAAUAUUCGCCAUAACGACAUUAAGCCACAAAACAUAUUAGUGGCAAAUUUGAAUGUCUUUCUUUCUGAUUUUGGCACUUCACGAGCAUGGGGCACCGAGGGCCGCAGCACGACGCAAGGAAAGCACGAGGGAUACACACCACGCUAUUCUGCACCGGAGACCCAUGAAACAGGAAGGCGUUCCACAGGAGACAUGUGGACGUUCUUUGAAGAUAAUGGAACGAUGAGAAUAGAUGCCAUUUGGGCAAACCAGGCCUCGGCCAAACUUUGGGUAGCCAUGUUAGCUGAGGAUAAAGUGGAUGCUGAUCCUAACUUUUUGGAUCUGAUCUUGGACAUGCUGCAAUCGGAGCCAGGAGAGCGACCCACGGCUGCCCAGGUCAGGGGCAGACUUAUUGACGAAUGCAACUCCAACGGCUACAUAUGUCCAUACUGCGCGUCACCGGAUGGGUUGUCUCCCACACAAAACCCGCUAACACUAGCAGAAGCGAGGAAGAAGAGUGCUACCCAGAAUGAAGACCUCAAGCUACCUGAUUUGGAGAGCACUGACUCAGUUUCCGCAUCGUUACUGAACUUGCCAGAACGUCGGGAAGAGGUCAAGCUAUUGAGCACUGAGGACAUACCCAGUGCUCAGAAGUCUCCGUCGGAUGGAACAAAGAGCCAAGCCAAUACUACCCAGUCAGUGGUCGCAAAAUCACCUGCGCGACAGACCAAAGUACGAUUCGCCGGUCUGCCUGAAGAGUUACGGCCUAUGCCAGCUGAUCCCGCCCAACCAAGCCCGGAAGAUGCCACCAGUUUUGUUUAUCCAAAGCCGGUCAUGCCGCCUCCAUUCAGACAAAAAGACAGUCUUCCUCUGCCGGAAGCCACCCUGGUGCCUUCCUACGUACUCGCUGGAACAAAUCACUUCACAAAGACCGAACUAUCGGUGGCUAACCGACCUCUCCACGUGGAGACUAAUUUGUUCGUCUACGGCCGGCUGAUGUUCCCGAGUAUACUCAAUGCUAUAGCCGUUGCAUCUACGAAGGGCUUCUACUCUCCUGAGCUGAAGCGGCGGCUCCACCCUUCCUCCGCGGACUGGGCGAAAGCCGAUCUGUCUAUCAAGCACGCAAGCGAGGCAAUGACCCCAGCCAUACUGCGGGGGUAUGAUCGCUGGCGGCCUCGAGGCCUCAACUGUGCUGUCAUACAGGAUAGGCGGCUUACAAAGAGAAUUCUGAGGCGUCGGGAGGAAAGAGGGUAUAAAGAACUCCCCUGUGUACCUGUCGGGGAAGUUGUCGGUUUCCUGAUUUUGGGCGUCAAAUCGGACGCCUUGCGCGUCUGUGAUGCGAUUUUCGGCGGAGACGAAAAAGCCCUGAGGAGCAUGAAGACGCCGCAGCAGCACGACGACGGAGACUCCGACUGGUCGGACGACGAGGAUGCGUCCUUACAAUCCAGUCGCGGACACGGCAACAACGGUCAUGGCGACCAGCGCUUGGAACUGUUGGCAAGGGAAACAGUUGAAGUGGAGGUAGAAGCACAUGGGGGCAGUAUUGAGAAAGUCCACGCGCAAACUUAUGUCUGGACUGAUGGGAUCCGUGAUCUCGACAACAUUUGGGAAGAGGAGCGGUUCCUCCGCAGCAAACACAUGCAGAACACACUUGGUGAAGCCUCGACCACCUCUCUGGCGUCAUGGAUCGCUCAGGAGCAGACACUUGCCUCGAUCAUGAAUAUCUCCUUUGCCCGUGUGGGGGACUAUCUCUGUGGCCCGAUCUUAGCCGGUAACAUCCAGGAACUCGCCAUCCUUCUCCGCAACGGCUUCGACGCCAACGCUGCAUGCCGUAUUUAUGGGCGACCUCUCAAUGCCGCAGUUGUAAAAGGCCGGGAAGACAUGGUCCGUCUUUUGAUGGACAAUGGAGCACAAGUCAGCGGGGUCUCGGAAGGUGGGCAGUAUGGAACACCCCUGAUCGCCGCAGCUUACAGCGGCAGGAAGAGUAUUUCCAAGCUACUGCUACAGUGCGGCGCUGAUAUCUACGAGGGAGAUGGGGUGCACGUCAACGCCGUAUACCAGGCGGUGGCACACGGUGACUACGCUUUGGCAGAAAUGUUCCUCGACCAAGGAGCGUGGCUCUGCAUGGAGUGGCGUGAGAUAAGAGACCUGGCUGAAGAGCUACAAGAUGGUGACAUUCUAGCAUUACUCGAGAGUUACGACGUCAGGAAGAUGCACAUGAAGUACUUGCGCGAGAGUGAACAUCUGGAGGAGACGCGGGUCAGUAGUGACGAGGUGUACGACGACAGCGUCAACGUCAGGCUUCUACCAGGGCAACUCCGACACAAGGCUAUCAACUGGGACGACGUUAACCUUUCCAAAGUUGGGGUGGCAGUGAUACGGAGGAUCGCAACCGCUUCGCGAAUGUCAGGGAGCUGGAAGGGGAGGCGAGGCGUGGCGGUCGUCCUGGCCGCGCUAAAUGCUGGCGCCCCGAAAGAAAUCCUUAAGUUGCUGCGUGGCGUGGUAAAUCCACUGCGACGGCUUGCACAAAUUCUACGAGAGGCCGAGGAGAAUAGCGAAGAUGGUAUCACUGGGAAGACAUCUAUUCCUUUGUCUACUGGCGUUCGGGCGAUUAGCGCAUAG